AUGGCAGGGGGGAGAAAUUCUAGUAAUGGUGGAAACGAUUUGAAUGAAGUAGUGAGGCAAUUGGAAGCAUUUGCCCAACAAUUGGCAAGAAACUCAACUGGUAAUGGGGAUGCUCAGGGGGAGCUCUUUAAAAAGGUGGCACAAAUGAGUUGUGCUACUUACUAUCUGAGGGGUGAAGCUGACCUUUGCUGGCAACAAAAUGAGACUACCAUUAGAGCGCUACCUGGGUUCAAUUGGGCUGAGUUCCAAGAGAAAGUGAGAGACAAGUUUUAUCCUAGCUUUUUGCAGAAGCAGAAAGCUGAGGAAUUCUCAAACCUUAAGAUGGAAAAGAUGUCAGUUACGGAAUACUACACCAAGUUUAUUGAGUUGUCCCGUUUUGCUGAAGAGUUUGUUGCUACAGAGAAAGCAAAGGCUAGGAAGUUUGAGAGUGGUUUAACUACUGAUUUGCAGUUAAAGCUGUGCGGGCAAGUAUUUGAGACCCUGGAUAAAAACAUUAGCUUAGUCUUGUCAAAUUGA